UUGGCUUUUGCUUCCGGGUCGUAGGCGCUAGCCCUGGGCGCAGAGGUUUCUGGGAGCCCGGAGUCGUAAUGGCGUUUGUAUGAUCUUCGGAGAUUGCUGCAUUCGACCUCGGCCAGUCAUAAAAGAUGACAACAGCAGCCAGGCCAACCUUUGAACCUGCAAGAGGUGGAAGGGGAAAAGGAGAAGGUGAUUUGAGCCAACUUUCAAAGCAGUAUUCAAGCAGAGACCUACCCUCUCACACAAAGAUAAAAUACAGACAAACUACUCAGGAUGCCCCUGAAGAGGUUCGUAACCGUGACUUCAGGAGAGAGUUGGAAGAAAGAGAGAGAGCUGCUGCAAGAGAGAAAAAUAGAGAUCGUCCAACCCGAGAACAUACAACCUCCUCUUCAGUGUCAAAAAAGCCACGGUUAGACCAGAUUCCUGCUGCCAACCUUGAUGCAGAUGACCCUCUAACAGAUGAAGAAGAUGAAGAUUUUGAAGAAGAAAGUGAUGAUGAUGAUACUGCAGCUCUUCUUGCAGAACUGGAAAAAAUUAAAAAGGAAAGAGCUGAAGAGCAGGCCAGGAAGGAACAAGAACAAAAAGCUGAAGAAGAGAGGAUUCGUAUGGAAAACAUUCUGAGCGGAAACCCUCUCCUUAAUCUCACUGGCCCAUCCCAGCCUCAGGCCAACUUCAAAGUUAAAAGAAGGUGGGAUGAUGAUGUUGUCUUCAAGAACUGUGCAAAAGGUGUAGAUGACCAGAAGAAAGACAAAAGAUUCGUAAAUGACACACUGCGAUCUGAAUUUCACAAAAAGUUCAUGGAGAAAUAUAUUAAGUAGUACAGUUUUAUGUGCUUAAUUAAAGACUGUAAAACGUAAAGGAUCAUUCUGACUUAUUUUUAUGAGUUUUUUCUUUUCCCUGUCUAAAUUGUGUGUGGGCUUCCCCAAUUUUAAACUCCUAUCUUUUUCUUUAGUGACACCUUACUUGAUAAUGGACUUGGGAAUAGGUUUAACCCAAUUUGCAUUCUCCAAAUGUUUCCAGUGGUAUGUUUUCUUGGGAAAAGCAAACCUGCCUGUAAUAUUUUUAAUCUAAAUAA